UCUUUGUUAACGGCGAGGACCAGACUUCAGGCAUCGACCAUGCCGUCCUGUAGAUUCACCGAACAUCCGACAACAAUCACUAAUUUUCUUCAAAAUAUAUAUUUUAACGAACCCCAAACAUUGUAAAAACAGUGGAAGGUUUACCAGUGAGAUGUCGGCUUUCAAGCUAGGCAUUGUCCGGCUUGGACGGGCAGCAGGAAAGAUGAAAUACUCCUUGUUGGAUGAGCAAGAUAUAUCACUAGUCGAGCGUUAUGCAUUUGAGGCCCGUGUGGAUGUUUGCAAAGAUGGAAAUGGUGCCAAUGUUUUCGCUUACACAUACGACGUUCAGAAGGGACGCAAUUCUGGAUGCUACCUCCAAGACCUGCUAUGGGAGAGGCAUCAUGGUACAGUACCGGCAGGGUGUAGGGUCAAACACAAGAAUGGGGUAACAGUAGAUAAUCGUUUAGACAAUCUUCAACUUGCUGCUAUUAGUCCGCCAUCAGCGUCACCCACUGUAGAGCUGCCAAACAGGGUCCUUAGGGGAGCGGAGCUCCAAGAACACAGUCUGUACUGGAUUGCAAUACAACAACUACCAACAGAUUCAUUUGAAGAGGUGCCUGCAACAGUCCAUCAUUAUUUCAACGCCAAUGGUGAGAUUAUCGAAGGGGAAGAUGACAGCUCAUCCUAUUAUGAAUGCCAUUAUCCACCAUGCACAAAGAUUGAAACAGAGUUGCGAGAAUUCAGCAUCUGUGGUCGAUGUCAAGAGGUUAGAUAUUGCGGCACAACCUGCCAACAGAGAGACUGGUCCCUACACAAGAAACGUUGCCGAGAGCGCAAGAAAGCUAAGCCUUACGAGCGUCCACCAGAUCGCUGAGUCUCGUCUACACACAACCAGAAUAAUUGUUUGUAUUCUUUUGAUAAUCACAUUGCCACUUUAUUGCUCUGAACUAUCCCAACAUACAUGUUUUAGAUUUAUUACCCAUACACUUACAUGUAUGUGUAAAAUACCUAAAAACUCUAUUCUUUAUCUGAGAUGCAAUCGUUACAUAACUUAAAGUAAACAUGUAUUUAUGAGUCUUUCUCCAAGAGGUCUUUGAAAGUCUAAGAAAUAUCUUUAAAUAUUGGAUUCUGACCACAAAAACUCCCUAUAGGAAAGAGGUUUGUGCAUAUUUGUUUUAGGCUUUGCCCCUUGCGAUUGGUUUCUUUCCCCCCUUUUUCUUUUUUUGGGUCUCUUGUUUGUAUCUCAAUCACAUUGUACCAGAGAAUAUGUAGUUACAAACUGAGACAUUUAAAACUAGACCCUGAUUUCCUUCAAAUUGGCAAAACCUUUUUACUUAAAGGACGAGAUAUUGUUAACCAUGUUUGAGUUGUAUAUACAUUUAUGCAUAUUUUGUAUUAUAAAGGUAUUUUAUUUCUUGGUUUCAAUGUUAAGAUCAGGAAACAAAGGGCUAGGUCGAGGAUGCACGGGCAAGUGAUGUAAGGGGUGAGGGUAUGGCUGAACUUAGUCAUAAAUAAAGUGUGCCAUUAAUGUUAGUACACCUUCUCAUUCACAAAGUAGCUGCACAUUUUGGGGGUCAAAAUUAAUGUUCCAUUACUGUCGAGGACAAAACUUUGGUUUUGGCUAAUUUGGCAAAUGUAGCCAGGCAUGCAGCUUUCAGCUUACGAUCAGUAUAGUGCCAAAACAAAUUUUAAAAUUAGUGUUCAAUAAUUAGUGUGGAUGGCAUUUUUGACUUGUUUUGCUUGCAUUUACAAAGCUUCAGAUCUGGUGAAGUAUGAUGUGCUGACCUUUCAUCUUUGACCUCUUUGGUGAGUUACCUUUGACCUUUUGGUUGGUGUCACACUGUGCAAUUGAAUGAUCAGGUGUUGUAUACAUCAGUACCAGCUACCUCAGGUCAAUGUACUUGCAAUGUAAACUCACCAUGCAAUCAGGUUUACUAAUACCUUUCAUGAAGAUUUAAUAGUAGGAACCAGUGUGAUGCACUUUGGACCCGCAAAAUGGUGCAUAGAGAAAUUAAGUUGAAAUAUCGAUUGACAUUAAUAUUUGUAAGGAAUUUUGGAAAUGCCAUCUGUCUUUAUCAGAUCGUGAGAUAGUUGUUUUGGAAAAACUAGAUCGUGAAAGCAUGAUGUUGACAUUUUUGACUUAAAACGAUGUGUUUGAUAAGAAUGUUGUCUAAAAUCAUUCAUAUAUUAAGGAUGACGACGUCUUACAGAUGAUUGUUUCUUGGCUAAGUCAUCAUUACAUUAAAGGUCGUCGUCCUUGAUAUCGUUUUCAAGCGAUGAUCAUUUUUAGAUGGCACUUCCAAAACUCUGUUCAUUUGACAUGUAAUUAGAAAUCUAUUAUGCUAAGGUGCAAACUUACGAGCUCCGACUAUUGAGCAGAUUUUGAUCUGAAGAGCUUAAAAUUUGAGAAGAAUUAGGGCAAAAUAUAACCUGGGUCCAUUGUUGAUAACAUUUAAACAACAGUGUAUUUCUCAAUGACUAAGGAAUGGAUACAAAAGAGGGAAAUAUUGUGUCAAGGCCGAGCCCUUGUUUAUAUAAUUUUAAUUGGUAUUCCUUGAAUUAUGAAAGAAUAAAAAUAUCAGAAUUUUUAACAUUGUAUUUUAAGGGUUACAUUGAUUUUUACCUAGCCAUGUGAUUUUUCAAUUACAUUUAAUAAACAUGCUGAACUAACCCCCUUGUGACGUUUUCGUCAAAAUUUGAAAACUAGCCUUGUGAACUUUUCAAAUUUUGACGAAAAGGUCAUUAGGCUAUAUAUAGG